AUGACCGACAAAAUUGCAUGCGUGGUCGCUUACCCGUCGACAACAAAGGAUGGAAAGCCUGCACGCUUUGACAUGGACUACUAUCUCAAGACACACAUGGGGGAGAUUAUCAACCGAGACUGGAAACCAUUUGGCAUGGGGAAGUGGACCGUCGCGUCUUACGGGCCUGAGGAUUCUCUCGACGGCAAGAGGCCCCCGUACAUGGUCACGGCGACGAUCGAGUGGGACAAGAUCGAGGACCUGAAGGAGGCGCUCGCCAAAGGGAGCGAGGUCUCGGGAAAGGAUGUCGCAAACUACACCGACGUCUAUCCCGAGAUCUGGAUCAGCAAAAUCACCGGGACGAGCAGCUCGUGA